AAAACAAACAGGCCCAAACAUUUCCCUUCGAGCAAGAGAGUGUCCGUUUCUUUGUAACUUUAAAGACAGCAUUUCACCGCCGCCGCCACCUCCGCUGCUUUUACUGGACUCUCCACCGCUACAGAAAUGGCUUCUUCAGCAUCUCUCUAUACGAUUUCAUUAAACAAACCAAUGUAUGUUUCUAAAGCUCUUGACUUCACCAAUAAUCUAGCUCCCACUAGAUUAAGCAUUUCCAACAAAUGGGUUCUUCCCAAUCUCAAUUUUAUGUCUUCUAAGAUAACCCAAUGCGUAAAAAGAUGUUCAGCUUUAGAUGUCAAGAGUAACAAUUCGAUUUUACUUGGAAAUAAGUUUGAAGUUGAAGAUGUAAUCGAAGCUCGACAGUUUGACAGAGAUACACUUAGUGCGAUAUUUGAAGUGGCUAAUGAAAUGGAGAAGAUUGUGAAGAAUUCAGGUGGAAGUCAAAUCUUAAAGGGGUUUUUAAUGGCAACAUUGUUCUAUGAGCCUUCUACUAGAACAAGACUCUCUUUUGAAUCAGCUAUGAAACGUUUAGGUGGUGAGGUUCUUACCACUGAGAAUGCAAGAGAGUUUUCAUCUGCUGCUAAAGGAGAAACACUUGAAGAUACAAUAAGAACUGUUGAAGGGUAUUCAGAUAUCAUUGUAAUGAGGCACUUUGAAAGUGGUGCAGCCCGAAGAGCUGCAGCCACAGCUAGUAUUCCUGUUAUUAAUGCUGGUGAUGGUCCUGGGGAGCAUCCAACUCAGGCUCUUCUUGAUGUGUACACGAUUGAAAGAGAGAUUGGAAAAAUAGACGGAAUUAGUGUUGGAUUGGUUGGUGAUUUAGCAAAUGGAAGGACAGUAAGAUCACUUGCAUAUCUUUUAGCCAAGUAUAAGGAUGUUAAGAUUUACUUUGUUGCCCCUGAAGUGGUCCGAAUGAAGGAUGACAUAAAAGAUUAUCUGACUUCCCAAGGUGUAACAUGGGAAGAGAGUGAUGAUUUAAUUGAAGUUGCAUCUAAAUGCGACGUGGUAUACCAAACGAGGAUUCAGAAAGAGAGGUUUGGGGAGAGGAUUGACCUUUACGAAGAAGCUAGAGGGAAGUAUAUAGUGGAUACGUCUAUUUUGAACGUGAUGCCAAAACAUGCUGUAGUUAUGCAUCCCCUUCCGAGGCUUGAUGAGAUAACGGUUGAUGUUGAUGAUGAUCCAAGGGCGGCUUAUUUUAGACAAGCUAAGAAUGGUCUUUAUAUUCGGAUGGCUAUACUGAAACUACUUCUGGUUGGCUGGUAAUUUCCAUUUUUUUUCAAUCAUUUUUUUCAUAAAUUUUGGAGAGAUAUGAGUUUAUAUUGUAUUGACUGAAGAGGGUUAAAACCUAUUUCAGUCAAAUUAUUUUUAGACAAAUAGUUAAGCUGAAAUUCAAACUAUUUUGUUGAAGAAGUGACAUGGUAUUUGACUAUUUGGUUUGAAUUUUUGGUUUACAUGGCUUAGGAAGAAUG